GAAUUCAUUCUCUCUAAACUCCCUUGUAAAAGCACCCGUGCAUUCUCCGUUAUAAUAUAAAUUGGGCUACAGGUGUUCCACCUAAAGUCCUACCGGUCAAUCUGCGUGUUUUUACCUUCCUCACUUUACCGAAUCAAGCAAACUAUUCUAGACCCGGUCUAGUAUAGUUUGACCGGUCAAGUAAUUUACACCAUCAUUUUUGGCGCCGACCGUGGGACCGUUGAGGUUUCUUCUCUUCUAAACACAAACCUACCCACAAAAACACCACUCAAAAUGUCUUCCAGUCAGCAAAUCAACGCUACUUCCACUCAGGUGCCAGCCACCAAUGAGGGCACCACCAGUAUCCCUGCGGUUGCUACCAUACCGGUCAUUUCGGCCCCAGUGUUGCCUUUGGGUCUGAGCUCUGUCCCGACGCCUAGCGUGAUCAGCCCGUUCACGACCCCUCCGCUGGACCAAGGGUCACGUUCCCACCAAGCAUGACUCAGUUCAUGAAUGACCCAGCCAACCUACAAGCCAUCCAGGGCUUUGGUCAGGUCAUGGCCAUGUGCCAACAGAACGGGGGGAUGCCUUUUCUCCCUGGUAUGUUCCCGUUCGCUCUUCCAGGCGCGGGAACCAUGCCCCUACAAGCUCCGAUGGCGGUGACGUCGUUCCAGACACCGAUGCCGCAGCCAUCACCUUUCCAGCCGCAGCUGGUCAGCACUAUAGCUCCUAUCAACUUGACUGGCGCGCUUAACGCUGCAGGGCCGUCGCAUCCCCCGCAAGGGCGGCAGUGGUCGGGCACCUAUUGUUCGUACCACAGGUCAGAUUCCCAUAACACCUCUGAAUGCAAGAGUGUUAAGGGAGUAAUCCGGCAGAUGAUAGACAAUGGAGAACUGGGCAAGGAUUACUUGCAGAAAGCCCAGGAGAAGAGCCAUCAAUGGGUCAGACCAGCAACCCAGGGGAAUGACCGGGACAAUGACCGACGGAGGAACAACCGGCAGAGGGAGCAGCAGCCGGCCGUUGAAAAAGAACACAUAGGCAUGAUCUUCAGCGGACCUGAGGGUGGAGAUUUAGCCGUGCAACGGAAGAACUGGGUCCGGAGCAUUUACGUUGGUGAGGUGAGCGCUGAACCACCCAGGCAUAAGCAUACUAGGAGGGAGCCGAUCGUCUUUACUGACCGGGAUCUCCCUCCUACCGGUGAAGAUCACAAUGAUCCAUUGGUCAUCACCAUGGACAUAAAUGGGGUGGAUGUCGCCCGGGUACUUGUUGACACCGGCAGUAGUGUCAACAUCUUAUACCUGGAGACUUUCCAAAAACUCAGGUUGUGUCAGACACAACUUGAACCCCUCAAAACCCCUCUCUCAGGCUUCACGGGGGACACCGUUGAAGCUGAAGGAUCCAUAGUUCUACCGGUCAAACUAGGAUUAGGCGAGAAGACCGUGUGGAAGAAGAUGCGGUUCAUCGUUGUGGACAUUAAAUGCGUCCACAACGCAAUUCUUGGAAGGCCAGGCAUCAAUAAAGUCGGGGCGGUGAUUUCCAUGCCUCAUCUAUGCAUGAAGUUCCACACUCCAGGUGGUGUGGGUGAGGUGAAGGGUGACCAGAGGAAUGCCCGGGAAUGCUAUGCCCGGGGAGUCAAGAAGAUGACCAAGGGGGUCAAUGUCAUCUCCCAAGAGAUCACAAAGGGAGAGACCCGGGAGAGAUUGGAGCUCGAGGCCGAGACGGUGGAAAUCGAACUUCACCCAGGUGAUUCUUCGAGGAUGGUCAGAAUUGGAGCAAAUCUCCCCGAGGAUCUCAAGGCAGAGAUUACACGGGUCCUCCAAGAAUACGCGGGCAUAUUCGCGUGGAGCGUGGCGGAUAUGCCCGGAAUAGAUCACUCUGUUAUCUGCCACCGGUUGGCCGUGAGGGAAGGAAGUCGACCGGGACAUGCCCUUGCAGACUUUCUGGUAGAAAUGACCAGUCUAACUCCAGACCUACCGGUCAACAAGCCCACUGAGCAAUGGUGGGAGAUGGCAGUUGAUGGGGCAUCCGGUCCUAGAGGAUACGGGGGUGGUAUCGUGUUCACCACCCUAGAAGGGUUCAAGAUCUACCAUGCAAUCGUCUUCAACUUCAAGCUGACGAACAAUGAGGCAGAAUAUGAAGCUCUGGCUGGAGGGCUCAGACUUGCCCAAGCCCUGAAAAUCAGUCGGGUCAGUAUCAAAUCUGACUCUAGCCUGAUUGUUGGGCAAGUGACCGGUAACAUGGAAGCAAGGGAAGGACGCAUUGCACAAUAUAAGGACCUUGUACUUGCCCUGUUGAAAGGCUUCGAAGAGUUCAAGAUCGCCCAAAUUCCCCAGGCGGAUAACGCGGAUGCAGACCUUCUCUCCAAGUUGACGCAGUAUGCUCCCGAGCAUGUUUCAAAACUUGCCCGGGUGUAAAUCCUGGAUCGAGCUAACAUCGAAAAAUUGGAAGUCGCCGCUAUAACAGCCGGAAGUCAAUCUGACCGGUCAAACUUGGUCGGGGCGGAUGACCAUUAGAUGUACGAUCUAAUGGAAUACUUGAUGGAUGGAAGCUUGCCAGAACAAGAUGACCGGGCAAGAAAAGUGAAGCUCAAGG